AUGAAAAAUUGUUCCAUGAAAUUUCUAUAUUUAUAAGAAAUAAAAUAUUCUGACUACUUAUAUUAAGGAAUUAACAACAUUUCUUUAAGGAAUUUGGUAGAGAAAUCAAUAUUUGCCAAACAAUUACUUAAAAAGUAAAAUAAGAUUAAUGAUUUUUAGAAAAGGAAGUCAAUCAUUUAAUAUAUAAUAAUAAAAUGAGCCAUCUAUUCAUUAAUCAUAACCUAUAGAAAAAAAGAGAGUAUUAUAGGCGAGUUUUCCUUUAAUUCAACUUUAAAAAGUUCUUAAAACUAAACAAGGAUGUAAAGAUGGAAGUUGAGAAAAAGAUGAUAGAAAUGUUUCAAGUGAUAUAAAACCAUAUAAGAUUAGAAGAUUAUCUUGUUUAAAAGACAAUUAACCAUCAUAAUUUCUUAAAUUCUCACUGAUUAUAACUUAAUAAAACAGAUUAAAAUAAAGCUGGGAUGCAAUAAUUUUUAAAUUAUUAAUGUAUCAUAAUCAAAUUAUUUAGAUAUGUUUGUUUAUUUACACCAUAUAAGAUAACAUUCAUAGAUUAUGAAGAAUUUCGAAUUGCUUCAAAGCGAUGA